GAGUUCCCUUCACUGCAAACUCUCAAACCAAGUAAACGACUUUUGACCAAAAGAAUGGUAGGGCCGUGAAACUAGCUCGCUUUUAUCUGACCAUAUAUGACCAUAUAUUUGAACAAGUUUGAAACAAAUGUAUUUAGCAAAAGAAGGAUUUUUACUUUGAUAGCCUGUUUUGUUUAGGUCAAAAUAGGUCAGGUUGCUAAGGUUGCUUUCACACAAGGUAAUGUUAGUUAGCUGGCUAGUUAGAUUCGAGGUUAGCAUAACGUUAGCUAUAGGCUAAAGUUGUCAGUUGAACCAGUUCUGUAGCACAUGUAUCUUCUUUAUUGUCAAACAACAAAAGAUGGCAACUCACAAGGGAUGUGCUCAGAAAGGCAAAGCAAAAUGCACUAAAACCACCUCAGGCAAACCCCAUAUGGAGGACUUCAAUGGGAGUUUCAACAAUGAAAACCUUCCAGUAGUUGAGGGUGAGACAUUGAGAGGAAGGAAACGUCUCUCAGAGCCAGAUGAUGAUGACAUUGACAUCGACAUCACCAAAGGGGGGGAUAUGAUGACCAUGUUGGACAGAUUUGGAGCGGACAUCAACAAAGCCUUCCUGGCAAAACGCAAACGCUUGGAAACGUUCACCAAGUCCUCUGUGAAGACCAGCCAUCAGAAGAUUGUUCAGUUAUGGAGGGUCCAACAAAGAGACAGGAGUAAAGUGACAGAAGAUUACUGCACCCAGUUCAAUGCGGUCUUCAACCAGUGGGACACAGAUGUGCAGAAGUCCAAGGAUAACGAGGAGAAACUACUGAGUAUGUUCCAGCACCAGCAGAAAAUGUUUCAGCACAUGAGGGCCUCCCAAAGCCAGAGACUGAAGACUCUCAAGCAGCUGCUAGAGCAGUACAUCCAGAGCCUUGAUACAAUGGAGAAGACCCAUGUCAGCCAGCAGGGUGCUGUACAGGGCGAGCUGCGCCAGGAGAUGGCACUGUUUCAGAAAAAGAUCCUCAUGGACACACAACAGCAAGAGAUGGCUACAGUGCGCAAGUCUCUGCAGACGAUGCUGAUGUAAAUUCUUCAGAAUGAAGGGAGCCGAUAAUAAUCAACUCCAUUCAAAGGCUUUUUGUGUGUACAUAUCACUGAGCUGGGUUGUCUGUUCUGCUUUAGUUUAUGGCUGUGUUCCAGAUAGACCUUCAUAAUGGGCAGAAAGGUAAAGUGUUAUACCUCAAGAACCAUAUCAACCUUGAUCCUUUAAUCUGCAAAUAACAGUAAUGGUUCCAGGGAGAUGGGAGUUUUGAAAUCUUAACAUUUUUAAUGGAAGUAUGGUGUGUACAUGUAACAUUGCAUUUCUGUUGUCAACUGCUUCAUUCAAAAGCUCAAGAUUGUGUUAGCUGAGGGUUCCAGACAAUGUGUUGAGCUCAAAGACAGAUGUCAUUCACAUUUACGAAUUCUUAUAAUUUCUGUCUUUGUAUUUGAGUUCUGGUUUAAUGUUAAUCGAUCUUCAUUAAACCCUGAUUGAGACGGGGAUGGAGAUAUAAAAAAAUUUUGCUGCUAAAAUGUU